UUUAAAAAAUAAUUAUCGAUUCAUAUUUUAAUAUAAAAAUAAAUAAAAAUUUAAAAAUGCGUUUUACAAUUCUUGCUCUGUUUAUUUUCUGUGGUUUCUUUUAUUUUUCUGAAGGACAAUCUUAUGCGUCUGGAUUCAUAAGGAAGGUUAAUAAUCGUCCAGGAGCAGGAGUUAAAACUUACCCAGUUCUUAAUAUUGCAGCCAAAAAUUGUUAUCCGGGACUGAACCAAUGCCUUAGAAAUAAUCCUUAUAAUCGUAGAUAUUGUUAUGAUUUGUGCGUUCAACAUGUAAGUGCAUCAUAUUAUCCAACUUACUAUCCAGCUUACUUUGUAUGCAAAAAUAAUGUUAAGGAGUGCCGAUCUUAAGGACAAAACAAAUACUAUCGAACCGUGUUAACUAUUUUUGUUAAUUAAUAUAAGAAUACAAAA